AUACAUGACCUCCUGCGCACACGCCUACUCCAAAUUUCAAGCAAGCAAACCCUGACCGACCCGGCGAGCGUUUUCCGGUUGUGACGCCGCGACUGCCUCCGGUCCGCUGCCGCACAGCACGUUCCAGUGCCCGCUGUUGGAAACCAACGUGAAGGAGGGCAGCAGCGCGCUAGAUAGUGCAGCAGGGGGCGGGGACAGGAGCAGCAGCUGCAAGCCGGCGCUUGCAGGCGCCGCUGCAGCCACCGCCGGCCUAGCCCUCGGUGGUCGGCCCCCGGAGGGAGCGCACCUGCACCUGCACCUGCACCUUCACCCACACCCGCACGCCGCGUGGGGGUGCCAUGGACGUGUCAACUGCUGCCAACAGCUGGGUGGACAGCUACUUGGAGGCGCUGAUCUCCUCGGGUAGCCGCAGCGCUCUGGCCGCACGCACCGGCGCCGGCGCCGACGACUACUGCGUGCCCGAGGCGGUGGACGCGGACCGCCGCGUUUGCGCCAAGUACUACGUCAACCAGAUCCUCAGCCUGGACGAGGACGCCCUGCGGCGCAGCUGGAACAAGGUGGCCCGCACCAACCGGGACAGCCAGGCUGAGAAGGACGCGCGUGUGGAGUACCUGUCAUGGCGCGUGUGGGCCAUGAAGCGCAAGAGGGCGGCGCUGGCGGCCCGAGCCGCCGCCGCCGCCCGCCGCGCCGCCGCCGCCGCCGCCAGCGGCAGUGGCGGCGGCGCUGACGAGGCGGAUGACGUAAUGAGUGAGGGCCGUACGGCGCUGCUGUACCUGGACGACCUGGACACCACCGUGACACUGGAGCCUCUGGAGGAGGAGGCUGACGCCGUGGAGGAGGAGGCGGGUGGCAGCCGCGAGGGCGAGGACCAGGAGGAGGACGACGACAAUGACAACGACCAGGAGGAGGAGGAGGCCGAGGCGGCUGGAGGCGGCGGCGGCGGCGGCGGGCGGCGCAGUCGGCUGGCGCAGGUGGCGGCGCGGCUGGCUGAGCCGCUGUCGGCAGACCAGGCCACUGUGCCCGACACCGAGCAGCCCGACGAGCAGUCUUGGGACGCCGUCUACCCAGCCACAGCCGCCGCCAAACAGGCCGCCGCCGCCGCCGCCCGAGGCGCCCGCCACGCGGCUGCCGCCGGCCACGCCGCCGCUGCUACUGCCGCUGACCGCAGCGGCGCAGCUACUGCCGGCGGCGGCGGCGGCUCGGGGCGACUGAGCUCAAUGGAGGAGGCUGGCGACGCGGCGUCGACCUCCACAAGGACCAUGGCGGCGGCACGCGGCGCCAGUGGCCUCGCCGCCGCCGGCGCCAGCCUGGGCGGCCACAGCGGUAGCCAGCUGUCCCUGCGCUCCGCCCCGCCGGCCCUGUGCCUGCCGCCGCCGCCGCCGGGCACCCCGCCGACGUCGGUGUUCGCCGCCGCCGCCGGCUCCCCCGCCCUGCCGCCCCACCACCACCACUACCACCCAUCCCUCCAGACCACCCCCACCAGCCCGGCGCCCCUCUCCCCAACCCUUCACCACCUCCACUCCUCCCCCGGCCCCGCCGCCCCCGGCCCCGCCGCCCCCGGCCCCGCUGCUACAGCCUCUGCCGCCGCUGCCGCCGCCGCUGCUACAGCCGGCACCACCAGCAGCAGCAGCAGCAGCAGCAGUGCUGCCCCCACGGAGGCUGACCUGGGUCUGCUGGUGGGCCGCCCCGGCAGCCCGCGGCGCUAUGUGGUGCUGGUGUCGCUGCAUGGGCUCGUGCGGGGGCGCCGCAUGGAGCUGGGCCGAGACCCCGACACCGGAGGACAGGUCAAGUAUGUGGUGGAGCUGGCUCGGGCGCUGGGCCGCAUCCCCUCCGUGGCGCGUGUGGACCUGCUGACGCGCCUCAUCGCGGACCCACGGGUGGACAAGAGCUACUCAGUUCCUGAGGAGCGGCUUGACACGGGCAGUAGCAAUACCGGCAGUAGCAACACCGGCAGUAGCGGCGGCGCCGCUGCAGACGCGGCGGCCGCGCCACAGCCGCAGCAGCCGUCACCCGGCGAUGCCGCCGCACCCGCGGCCAAUAAACUCGGCGCCGGCAGUAGCCCGGCUGGUGCUGCUGCUACUGCUGCUGCUGCUACUGCUGCUGCUGCUGCCGACGACCCGUGCGGCGCCUUCAUUGUCCGGCUGCCUGCCGGCCCGCCCAACGUCUACCUCAAGAAGGAGGACCUUUGGCCGCACGUGCGCGAGUUCGCGGACCGGGCCCAGGCGCACGUGGCGGCGGCGCUGGCGCGGCUGGGCGCUGCGGGCCAGGCGGCGGAGCUGUGGGCGGUGCACGGCCACUACGCGGACGCGGGCGAGGCGGCGGCGCUGCUGGCGGCGGCGCUGGGCUGCCCCAUGCUGCUGACCGGCCACUCGCUGGGGCGCAACAAAAAGGCGCACCUGCUGGCUAGCGGCGCCGUGAGCCUGGCGGAGGUGGAGGCCACCUACCGCAUCAGCCGCCGCAUUGAGGCUGAGGAGCGCGCGCUGGACGCCGCGGCGGCGGUGUUCACAAGCACCGGGCAGGAGGUGGCGGAGCAGUGGGGGCUGUACGACGGCUACCGCCCGCAGCUGGCGGCGGCACUGUCCGUGCGUGGCGUGCCGGGGCUGCACGUGCCUCGCAUGGUGGUCAUUCCCCCCGGUCUGGACUUCUCCUCCCUCAAGGUGGCGCUGCCGCCCGACCCCAUCACCGCCCUGCUGGAGGCGUACGGCAGGGAGCAGCGCGAGAUGCGGGAGCGGGAGCGGGAGGCGGGAGGCGGAGGGGGCGGCGGGGGUGGGGGCGCGGCAAGGUUGCUGCUGGGCGGCGGCGGCAGUGGGCGCUGGGGCGUGUCCCGCACCGCCACCCCGCCCGCCAUCACCCGGGCCUCCAGCCUGGAGAGCACGCAGCAGCAGCAGCAGCAGCAGCAGCAGGUGGCAGGAAGCAAAGCACCUGCCGCGGUGCCGUCACUCAAUGGAGAGCUCCCAAGCCCGCCCGGAGAGGCCGCUGAGGCCCCGGCUUCGGCCGCCGCCGCUGCCGCCACUGACGGCGUUGCCACUCGUCAGCUGGCCCACUCGCCAUCGCCGCCGGCGGCGGAUGUCGCUGCUACUGUCGCAGACGGCAUGUCGCCCCACUGCAGCAAGAAGCCGCCGCCUCCGGACAACCAAGCAGCUGACGGCGCCGCCGACGUCGCCGCCGCGCCUGCGCCUCCAGGCCUCACCAUCGCCACCCCACCCGGAAUCAAGCCGCCGCGCCCCGUGCGCGUCUCCGUCAACGGCGCCCCUGCAUCCACCGCCGCCGGCACUGGCGCCGCCACGCCGCCGCGCUCGCCCCGCAUUGGCUCCGGCGGUGGCGCCGCCUCCGCCUUCAGCGCGGCAUCGCCCUUCGGCGCCCCGGGCACCCCCACCCGCCGCGCGCUGCUACAGCAGCUCGAGUUAGCGGGCGGCAGUAGCAGCGGCGGAGGCGGAGGCGGAGGCGGCGGUGCUACAACCGCGAUGGUGGCGGCUCCGCCUCCGCAGCCGCUGCUGUCGGGCCCUCAGGCCAGCGGUGUGUUCUCCGAGCCCCCCAUUUGGAGCGAGGUGCACCGCUUCCUGCGCAACCCCGCCAAGCCCGUCAUCCUGGCUAUGUCGCGCCCCGACGCCAAGAAGAACGUGACGGCGCUGGUGCGCGCGUACGGCGGCAGUGCCGUACUGCGGCGGCUGGCCAACCUGGUGCUGGUGCUGGGCAACCGAGACGCCAUCGACAGCAUGGCUCCCGGCUCGGCCCGGGUGAUGGAGGGGGUGCUCAAGCUGGUGGACGGCUACGACCUGUACGGCAGCGUGGCAUACCCCAAGCGCCACUCGCAGUCCGACAUCUCAGACAUCUACAACCUGGCCGCAGCCACACGCGGCGUGUUCGUGAACGUGGCGCUGCAGGAGCCGUUCGGUCUGACGCUGAUCGAGGCGGCGGCACACGGCGUCCCCAUCGUGGCCACCUGCCACGGCGGCCCCGUGGACAUCGUGGCCACACUGCACAACGGCGUGACUGUGGAGCCGGCUGACGUGGCCGCCAUUGCGGGCGCAGUCACAGACAUCAUCACACGCCCCGAGCUGUGGGACAGCUACAGCGCCAAUGGCAGGAACAACAUCCUAGCCUACUCCUGGCCCAGCCACGUCCUCAACUACCUGCGGGCAGUGGAUGGACGAGCAGCGCCGCCGCCGCUGCCGCCACCGCCUCCCACACCCGGUGGCUCGGCCUUCGCCGCGGCAGCGGCCGGCGCCGCCGCCACCACUGCCAUCGCCACACCCGGAGCCGCCUCUGACCCAUCGGCCUCGUACCUCUACUCAACCGCCGCGUCUGCGGCGGCGGCCGCCGCCGCCGGCUAUGCCGGUCUGCUGCCGCUGCCGCCGCCGUCACUGAUUGGCGGCGCCGGCGCCGGCGGCACCAGUGGCGGUGGCGCGGGCGAGGGCGGCGGCAGCGCGGGUGGCGGCGGCGGCGGCUGCCCCGGCGGCUGCUACGGCUCACCGCAGUUGCGUGCGGCUUUCAGUUUGUCGUACGACGACCUCAACCAACUCAGUCGCGUGGCUGGAGACCAGGGCCUGCCGGCCCUGGGCGCCGCCCUGAACGACCUAGCCGCCGCCCGCGCCACCUCACUGCCCUUCGAGCUCAGCCCCGCAGUGGCGGCGGCGGCGGCGCAGGCGGCCGUAGCCGUACAGAUUGGCGGCGCGGCGGCGGCGGCCGGCAUCAAAGCCGCCGAUGCCGCUGAUGAGGCCGAGGCGGAGGCAGAGGCUGCUACUGCUGCUGCUACUGCUGGUAGCGCUGACGCGGUGGGCGCUGCUACAGCCGCGGGCGGCGCCGACGGCGCGAUGAAGCAGGGCGGCGGUGUGCCGGCGGCGGCGGCGGACGGCAGUAGCGGCAGCGGUGGCGGCGGCGGCAGCCGCGGCAAGGCGGCGCAGGUGGCGGUGGUGGCUAAGAAGGCGGCGCAGGCUGUAGCAGCCGCGGCCGCCGACCUCCUGCACAAGCAGCGGAACCGCGCCGCCGCCGCCGCCGCCGGCAUAACCGCCACGACCACCAGCGCUGACGUCGCCUCUGCCGCUGGCGCCGCCGCUGAGCCUGCCGACGGAGCUGUAGCAAGUGCUACUGCCGACGACACCACCAGCAGCAGCACCAAGCCCACGCACCGCCGCGGCAGUUUCUCCUUUGACGCCAUCAGUGACCCCGUGUUCGCGGCCGCCGCCGCCUCCGCCGCCGCCGGCCUGCACCUGUCGCCCGACGUGAUGGCACCGCUACUGCCGCCGCCACCACAGACGGGCUUGAACUCGGGCUCGGGCGCCCUGGCGGCGGCGGCGCCUCCGCCUCCGCCGGCGCCGGUGAUUGACCUCUUCCCGGGCGCCCGACUGCUCAUGCAAGACCGGCUGCUGCCCUCCGCCACCUCAGCCUCAGCAGCCUCCACCGGCGGAAGCGCCAGCAACGCUGGCAGCGCCAACACCACCCCCGGCCCCACGGCUGCCGCCGCCCCCGGCCCCGCCGGGCGCUGGCUGGUGUUCGCGUGUGACUGUGCAGCCGACCUGACCGCAGCCGCCGCCGCCGUGGCGGCGGUGGCGGCCGCCCGCCGCGCCGCCACCUCCCUGUACGACAUCCCCGACCGACUUGCGGAGCUGCUGCGGGCGGCGGCGGGCGGCGGUGAUGGCGGCGGCAUGCAGGAGUCGCCGCUGGUGGCGGCGGUGCGUCACGCCAUCGAGCCCGCCAUCAACAACCACCACCAGCACCACCAGCAGCCUCACCAGGACCUGCCCCACGCGCUUGACGCCGGCGAGGCCGCCGCCGCCAGUGAUGCGGUGGCGGCGCCGCCGCCUCCGCCGCCGCCACCCGCCCAGCUGCUGGGUCUGGGGCUUCUGAGCUGCCUGGGGUGCACCGACACGCGCGCGGCGCUGGCGGCGGCGGCGGCGGCGGCGGCGGACGCAGCAGUGGAGGCGGCGGGGGUGCGUGUGGGCGGCGGCGGCGGCGGCGGCCACAGCUGCAACGUCACCACUGUGCUACAGGAGUUGGACUUCAUGAGCUGCAACAACGCCUGCCAGCUCUGGCUCACAGGCGCCAAGAACAGCACCGAGCAGCCCCAGCCCCAGCCCCAGCCCCCGCCGCCGCCCCCGCAGCUGCUGUUUGACGAGCGCUACGACCGCCACGUGGAGCACUUCUGGGACGCCACCGCCGCAAAGCAGGUGGUGCGGCGGGUGCUGUCCAACCGCAGCGGCUGGGGCCGGCUGCCUCUGGGUCGGCCCGGCCAGCCGCCGCCGCGCAUUAGCGCCCUGGGCCCGCUGCACAUCAUGGCCACCUUCACGGGCGCCGCGGCGGCGGGGCUGGACCCCGCGGCACUGCUGGCGCGCUUCCGGCGCAAGCUGAGGCUGUCAGGUCUGCGGGCCCAGCUGGUGGUGACGCCGCCCGUGGCGCCCGCCAGCAGCGGCCGCGCCGGCAGCGCCACCGGCGGCGGGCUGCUGCAGCUGCUGGGCAGCCGCUCCGUGAGCUGCCUGCUGCAGGGCAUGACGCCGCUACAGCCGCACCUGCAGCUGCCGAUGGCGGCUUCCGGCGGCGGCGGCGCUGCCCAUGCUGCUAGCACCUCCGGCGGCCUGGCUUCAGGCGGCGGCGGCGGUGUCAGCCGGACGGGUGCGGGUGGUGGUGGCGGCGGCGGGCUGCUGGCCCGUGCGGGCUCCAGCGGGAGCGAUGGUGGCGGAGCCGCCGCCACCACCACCACCACCGCUCUCGGCGACACGCAGCAGGCGACAGUCCUGCAGCCGGGCGGCAGUAGUGGUGGUGGCGGCACCGCCGUGGCUACCGCCGGUGCUACAGCUGCUGCUACUGCCGCGGCGGGCGGCUUCACACUUCACGUUGUGCCGCUGCGCGCCAGUCGGUCCCUGGUGCUACGGUACGUGGCGUGCCGGUACGGCCUGGACCUGGAGCACCUGACACUGGCGGCAUUCCACCUGGGCGGCAGUAGCACUGCUGCUGCUGGCGGCGGCGGCGGUGCUGGCGGCAGUGGCAGUAGCAGCCGUGCUGCUGGUGCUGCUGGUGCUGCUGCUACUGCCGCAGCCGGCUCGGCGGUGGUGGCUAUGCGCUGCAGUGACGGCGAGGACCUGGUUUCGGGUGUGCCGCGUGUGGUGCUACUGCCCGCGCCGCCGCUGCAGCAGCCGGCUGCAGCUGCAGCUACAGCCCCGCAGCACCAGCACCAGCAGCAGCAGGCUGCAGUGGUGCCGGCUGGCGCCGGCGGUGGCGCGGGCGGGUGCACGUUCCCUGUGGACCUGACGCCCUUCAGCGCCAGCAGCCGCAUCCUCGUGCUGUCGUAGUAGGCAGUAGUAACUGGUGAAUGUGGUGCGGGCAUGCGUGUGUGGGCCUGGGCCUGGGCAUGGGCGCAUGCUGUGCGCUGUGUGCGUGUGUGUGCUUGUGCACAUGGGGGAGGGCGCCCUGGGCCCCGCGCUGGUGUUAGGAGAUUGGAGACUGGGAGAGCAACGGAUUUGAGAGUGCGUGCAGUGAGGUUCCCCAAAGUUUUCUCCCGCCGAGAUCGGCACAGGGCGGGACGGGUUUUGCCCAGCGCUGACGGUCGGGUUGCUUGAAGUCCCCGCCCUACGAGGCCCGGACUAGCUAGAUAGGGUUAAGUUGCACAGCACGGCCCCGCUGUGGCCAAGAUUGGAUGGCGGCAGUAGCUAGUUGAAGAACGUGUUGACUGUACGAGAAGCUAAGCAAAAUAAAUGGAGAGGGCUAUUGCCCGGCACUGCUGACGACACUUCUGGCCUCAUCGGCCAACACGCGUCCGCAUUGGGGCGCAGCACACACGUGUGUGGCUGUGUGUUAGACGGGUAUGAGCGCGACAUGUGCGUGAUUGCUGAACCGCGGCCGCCAAGGACGUCCCGCGAUUAGAGGAACAGCCGAGUUGCAAAUGGGUGUCUUUUGUAGCGAUCCCGAUUUCUGCUGAUACAUGGUGAGAUGGUGGUGGCGGUUCAAGCAAGCGCCACAUGAGCUGGGCUAGGACAGCCGCGGGGUGCGCGUUGGGACGGAGAGGUUCCGGAUGGGUCCACCCGGCGGCGGCAGCAGCAGACGCAACUCGCAAGGUUGUUGAGUUCCCACAAUGCUGAGAGCAAAGCUGAAUGGCACAUUGAUACAUUGAUACUACGUUAUGUGGCGCGCUGGGAAAAAGGAAGGCACGCAGGGAACGGACCCGAGCAGCUGCGAACUGCACGGGCGCAAUAAGUCCCACGUAACAGACGGCUGUUGAAACUGGAAUGGACCAGAGGCGCGUACCAGAGCGCCGCCCUGCGGUUCGACCCCGUACCCCUGCCCCCAGUUGCGUCGCGGUGCAAGGAUAUGGAGAGCGCUGACGGUUGAGCAGGUGACAGAUUGGUAGGCGCAGAGUUGAGAGAGGCAUUGUCGA